AUGUCCGACUCCCCAACCACCCCACCCUCCUCCCAGAAACCAGUCUACGCCCCCGGCCACGCCGCAUCCCACAUAACAAACCACACCUGGCGCACCGCCUCAAACUCAACCCCCUACCUCCUCCCCCACCUGCACUCCCUCUCCACCCACAACCCACACCUCCACUUCCUCGACGUAGGCGCCGGCCCGGGAACCCUCACCGCCUCCAUCGCAACCCACCUCCCCUCCACAGCCACCAUCGUCGCAACCGACAUCUCCCCCUCCGUCCUCUCCCGCGCAUCAGCCCACUUCACUUCCAAAGGACUGAGUAACGCAACGACUCGCGUUGCCUCAGUCUACGAUCUCGCCAGCACGUUCGGAGAACAAAGUUUCGAUGUAGUUCACACACACCAAGUCCUAGUCCACCUCACCUCUCCCCUCUCCGCAUUACAAUCCAUGCUCUCAGUCUGCAAGUCCGGCGGCACCCUCGCUCUCCGCGAAGCAGACUUGCGCAUGCAAUCCAUCCACCCCUCCACUCCUGCACUGACCGCUUUCUUCCCCAUACUGCUCAAGUACCACGCUUCGACCGGUGGUUCCGCGUCGAUGGGAACCGAAUUGGUGAGUUUGGCGAUGGCGGCGGGUGUGCCGAGGGGGAAUAUCACGGCGACGAUGGGGACGUGGUGUAUUGCUGCGAGGGAGGAUAGGGAGGCGUGGGGGUGGGCGAUUGCGGCGAGGUGUAGGGAGGGUCCGAUGAGGGGGAAAGCGGUGGAGGAGGGCUGGGCUGGUGAGGAGGAGAUGGAUGGGAUGGCGCGGGCGUGGGAUGAGUGGGUUGAGGCGGAGGAUGGGGUUUGGGGGUUGAUGAAUGGGGAGGUUAUUAUUCGGAAGCCUUGA